AUGUGGUCGGUGAGUGCGGGGGUAGCGGGCAGGUCGGGCCCGGGCAGGGCUGGCCCCAAACACCGGCCGGGCGCGGGGAGCGCACAGCGCGCCCGGCGGGGCAGCUCCCCGCGCUGUGCCAGGGCCAGGCCCCGGCAGCGUUCCCAGUGUCCGCUGCCCGCCCCGGCAGGCUCGGAGAUGAUCGAGACCCAGGAGGACAUUUACGUGGGCUCCAUCGAGACGGACCGGGGCGUGCGGGAGCAGGUGCGCUUCUACGACACGCGGGGACUGCGGGACGGGCUGGAGCUGCCCAAGCACUGCUUCUCCUGCACCGACGGCUACGUGCUGGUCUACAGCACCGACAGCAAGGAGUCCUUCAAGCGUGUCGAGCUGCUCAAGAAGGAGAUCGACAAGUCCAAGGACAAGAAGGAGGUCACCAUUGUGGUUUUGGGCAACAAGUGUGACCUGCAGGAGCAGCGGCGGGUGGACCACGAUGCAGCCCAGCACUGGGCCAAGGGCGAGAAGGUGAAGCUGUGGGAGGUGUCCGUGGCUGACCGGCGCACGCUGAUCGAGCCCUUCAUCUACCUGGCCAGCAAGAUGACACAGCCACAGAGCAAGUCUGCGUUUCCCCUGAGCCGCAAGAACAAGGGCAGCGGAUCCAUGGACGGAUGA